UUUUUAGCCAAAAUGGCUACGAUGCGCUGCCGGUUCUACGAAAAUCAUUUUCCGGACGUGGAAGAAACAGUGGUAGUAAACGUGCGACAAAUAGCAGAUAUGGGAGCGUACGUGAGCUUGUCCGAGUAUAAUGGGAAGGAAGGCAUGAUUUUGCUCUCUGAGUUGUCUCGUCGCCGUAUCCGAUCUGUGAAUAAGCUGAUUCGUGUAGGUCGUAGCGAAUGUGUAGUGGUUAUUCGAGUAGACAAAGACAAAGGUUACAUUGAUCUAUCGAAAAGACGUGUCUAUUCGAAAGAUUUGAUAUUGUGUGAAGAGCGGUUUGCGAAAGCGAAGGCUAUCAAUAGUAUUCUACGUCAUGUCGCCGAGCAAUUGGGCUAUGACAAAGAUGAGCAAUUGGAGGACUUGUAUAUGCGGACAGCAUGGCAUUUCGACCGAAAAGAGAAGAAAAAGGCAGCCGCAUAUGAUGUGUUCAAGCGUGCCAUAGCUGAUCCACAUGUACUUGAUGAGUGUGACAUAUCUCCUGAAAUUAGGGAGGCACUACUGGAAGACAUUAGAAAAAAGCUAACGCCACAGGCUGUGAAGAUUCGAGCAGAUAUCGAAGUAGCAUGUUUUUCCUAUGACGGAAUCGAUGCGAUCAAAGAAGCCUUGAUAGCCGGGAAGAAUUGCUCCACUGAUAUUAUGCCGAUCAAGAUCAAUUUGAUAGCUGCUCCUCACUUCGUAGUGACUACACAAACGUUAGAUCGGGAACAUGGAUUGACUGCAGUCAAUGAUGCGCUCAAUGUGGUAAAGGAAACUAUAGAGAAGUAUGGCGGGAAGUUCUCCAUCAAGGAGGAGGCACGCGUUGUAACUGAUGUUGAUGAUAAUGACAUCAAGAAGAAGUUAGAAUUAGCUGAGCUCGAAGAAGAGGAAGGAUCCGACGAAGAGGAUGAGGAUGAGAGCGAAGAUGAAGACGAAGCUGCAUCGCCAGGCCUAGAGCGUCAAAAAGCGAAGACCGAGAGUAGCAGAAAUAAAGAUAGUGAAAGCGAACACAAUUUUGAGAUCAGCGUUCUGUGA